UGUGAUGGCUUCAUUUUGCAAUAUUCCCUUAAUUUAAAGAAACCUAGAUACUUCAGCGUCCAGAAUAAUUGCUCGUGCAAUCAGCGCAUUAUUUCCCCGGCCUCCUAGUACCGGUAACCUAAUACCCGGUCCUACCCUGACCCCACAACUCAGCAUUCGCCUGUCACCCCAAUAUCUGAAUCCACCGAUCCAAAUGGAAGACGAAGCCAAGUUCGCCUCCAUACCAUGGGUAUCCAAACUGAUUCAAGACCCUCAAUGGGUCUCCGUAACCACCCCAUCCCGCAUCCCCAAACCCACCGGCGAAGAUUCAUUUUUCGCGAAGCUUUUAAACUCACCCACCACAAUCCCCGGGUACCUGUCACAAUACCGACGGCCUGAUACGGCCAUCGCGCACGGGGCGCCGAUUUCGAACGACGGGAGCAAACAUGAACCCGCGCAGAUCAGCGAAGUGCGCACGUUCGUCACCCUGAUGAAGGACCUGGCGGGUCACCCUAAUCUCACGCAUGGCGGCAUCAUUGCAUCGGUGUUCGACGAAGUCAUGGGCGUGAUGAUCAUGAUCCGGCUUCAAGGCGGAAAACCUGAGCACAUGGAUGUGGGUGGAGGGGGGCUUUUCACGGCGUAUAUGAACGUGCAAUAUCUGCGACCGGUCCCGCUCGGGGGCGCGGUGAUGGUGGUGGCGUGGGUGAAGAAGGUGACGGAAGGGAGGAAGUUUUGGAUCGAGUCGGAGAUGCGGGAUGAGGCGGGGACGGUGUUGGCGACGGGCGAGACGCUUUACGUGAAGGCGAAGGCGAAGGCGAAGAUGUGAAAGAUCGCGGUCGGUCGAAAUAUACUUGCACCACGACACGGGCGGCAUCAUGAAGCAUUAAAACCUGUGAAUCGGGAUCCUUUUUGGAUGGAUAGACAAUAUACAGGGGAUAUCGACAAAUCAAUCAUCUCCAGAGAGCUGGAUAUGCUCGUU